AUGCGCCCACGCCGCUACGGAAAUAAAACGGCGCGGGAACUUGAAACACUACACCGGCGCGUGGACCGCUCGGAAUCUUCGGACGCCCCACCGGCGGGAGUGGUCGCGGCGCUUACCUGCAGGGGUCGAAGGUCACAGAGGUCACGGGUCACAAGCACAAUUCACUACGCGGUCGGAGGUCGGGACAGAGGUCGAAACGCUGGAGCGAGCGAGGUGGUCGCGCCCGUGGCUUCCGAGCGACUGGCCGCCUCCAGACGGCGCCCGUGCCGCCGC